GCUGCCCUGGGGCUCCGCCCUCCUGCGGCCGGAGUGCGGCGGCGCAGCUCGCAAACCCGGCGGCGGCGUGCGGGGAUGGCUGCCGUAGCGGCGAGUGCGGGCCGCCUGUGGAGGCUGCGCGCGGCCGGGGCCGAGGGACCCUGGCGCCGGCUGUGCGGUGCGGGGCCGCUGCGGGGCUUCCUGCAGCCCGCCUCGGCCGGCGGGGACGCGGCCCCGAGGCGGCAGGUGGCUCACUUCACUUUCCAGCCCGACCCGGAGUCCCAGGAGUUCGGACAAACUCAGAAAAUGAACCUUUUCCAGGCAAUAACAAGUGCUUUGGAUAACUCAUUGGCCAAAGAUCCUACUGCAGUAAUAUUUGGUGAAGAUGUUGCCUUUGGUGGAGUCUUUAGAUGUACCGUUGGCUUGCGAGACAAGUAUGGAAAAGAUAGAGUUUUUAACACCCCAUUGUGUGAACAAGGAAUUGUUGGAUUUGGGAUUGGAAUUGCAGUCACUGGUGCUACUGCCAUUGCAGAAAUUCAGUUUGCAGAUUAUAUUUUCCCAGCUUUUGAUCAGAUUGUUAAUGAAGCCGCCAAGUAUCGAUAUCGCUCUGGGGAUCUUUUUAAUUGUGGAAGCCUCACCAUCCGUUCCCCUUGGGGCUGUGUUGGCCAUGGGGCUCUCUACCAUUCUCAGAGUCCUGAAGCUUUUUUUGCCCACUGCCCGGGAAUCAAGGUGGUUAUACCCAGAAGCCCUUUCCAGGCCAAGGGACUUCUUUUGUCAUGCAUAGAGGAUAAAAAUCCUUGUAUAUUUUUUGAACCUAAAAUACUUUACAGGGCAGCAGUGGAACAGGUUCCCGUGGAACCGUACAACAUCCCCCUGUCCCAGGCCGAGGUCAUACAGGAAGGGAGUGAUGUUACUCUAGUUGCCUGGGGCACUCAGGUUCAUGUGAUCCGAGAGGUGGCUUCCAUGGCUCAAGAAAAGCUUGGAGUGUCUUGUGAAGUCAUUGAUCUGAGGACUAUACUACCUUGGGAUGUGGAUACAGUUUGUAAGAUGCUUGGAAAUGAAUCUUCUUGGUCACAUUUUAUCUGUGCUUUCAACUUUAAUAGAUAUUUUCAAAAUGUUCUGCAAUAUGGUGGUACCAUUUACACACUCACCAGCAGCAUGUGAAAUGUUCUGUCCUGAUGAAACGGAUUGUGUGAAAUGGUAUUCUACUGGGUUCAAGUUGGCAUUUCCAUAAUUACUAAUGAAGUUAAACAUCUUUUUAUAAGUGUAUUAGCCAUUAUGGAUCCUCUUCUAUAAAUUCUCUACCAUUUUUCUAUUGGCAAAAAAUAAAAUUUAAAAAUCAAUUUGUGGAGUUCUUUA